AUGGCCUCCGUCCUGGAGAUGUCUGUCCAGUUCCUCCGGAUGGCGGGCACUGUGCUGCCCAGCGGGGAGCAGCAGGCUGGCUCCUCCUGGGAAAAGACGCCCUUGAAACCCCGCUUCUAUGUGGGGAAGCGGAUCUCCCUGAGCUGUGAGCGCCUGCGGGCCCUCCUGCCCCGGUUCGACGGCCGGCGCGAGGACAUGGCCUCCGUCCUGGAGAUGUCUGUCCAGUUCCUCCGGAUGGCGGGCACUGUGCUGCCCAGCGGGGAGCAGCAGGCUGUUCUCGGCCCCUCCCAGGAGGACUGGCACAAGUGGCAGCUGGCCCUGGGGAGCCAGACCCCCGCAGAUGCAUCGGACCCCGGGACGGGAGCACCAGGCACCAUGCCACAGGACCCCCCGAGCGGUGUGACCACCGGUGUGGACCAGGGCAAGGCCCCCACGGGGCUGGCCGAGGCGCUGGACAGGCCAGCAGUCCUCCCUGGGACCUCCGGUCUGGCACCCUGGACCCCAGGCCCGAGUCCCUCCCAGGUCCUGAGGCCGCCCCCAGCCUGGCCUCCCUGCUCCUGGCAGCCGACCUCCCCGCUGGUGAGCGAAGAGGCUCAGAGCUGCCUGGGCCUGGCCGGGCCCCUGACAGAGGAGACUACCCAGGCUGCGAUGCCCGGCACCAGGUCCGUGCCCACAUGUGGAGUGGAGGACGGGCCGUCCUUGCUGCUGAGCGCCAGUCCCGAGUGGUGUCUGGGGCCCCCCGAGGGCAGAGACAGUAGUGCCCCCUCUGGGGCCCCGGCCUGGAGCCACCUGGAGAUGUGGGCUGCCCCAGCCUGA